GAAGCUUUAGAGUUAAGCUCCCCCUAGCCAUCUUUUAACAAGGCCAUGAAGGGUGUUGUUGCUGGCAUUAUCAUGGUGCUUUGUGCCGUCGCCGGGUUCCAGCCAUCUUUUAAGAGCGCAAGAGCUGUGCCAGCGAUUUAUGUGCUGGGGGAUUCGACACUCGACGUGGGCAACAACAACUACUUGCUGGGGAAAAGUGUCCCAAAUGCCCUCAGGCCCUUCUAUGGCGUCGACUUCCCCGGAGGACCUAUGCCCACCGGAAGGUACAGCAAUGGCUACAACAUCGCCGACUACAUCGCAAAAAAUCUGGGGUUCAAGAGGAGCCCUCCGGCGUACCUGUCCCUGGAAGCGCAUCAUCGUCAGCUGGUCCGGAGUGCUCUACAUGGAGGAGUAAGCUACGCUUCCGCCGGAGCUGGGAUUCUCGAUUCAACGAACGCCGGGAACAACAUCCCGUUGUCGAAGCAGGUCAAGUACUUUCAUCUGUCAAAACUGGUGAUGGAGGCCAAGGAAGGAUCCCAAGUGGUGAGCGACCACCUCGCCAGAUCCUUCUUCAUCCUCGGCAUCGGCAGCAACGACCUGUACCAGUUCGUGCUGGAGCAGCAAGCCAAGAACAAGUCGGCGACACAGAGCGACGCCGCCGCGCUCUACGACAGCCUCAUGUCCAACUACUCCGCCACCAUCACGGAUCUGUACACGAUGGGUGCGAGGAAGAUCGGGAUCAUCAACGCGGGCGCAACCGGGUGCAUCCCUCGGGUACGCGCGCACACAGCGACCGGCGCGUGCGACAAUGGCCUAAACGAGCUCGUGGUGGGGUUCAAUGGCGCCCUCAGCUCCUUCCUCGCCGGCGGCCUAGCGCCCAAACUCCCGGGCCUCGCCUACUCGCUCGCCGACAACUUCGCCCACAGGCUAGACAUCAUCGCUCACCCGCAGGCCGCAGGUUUCGUUGACACGGCUAGCGCGUGCUGCGGGAGCGGGAAGCUGGGUGCGGAGGGCGAUUGCUUGCCAACCUCGAGAAUAUGUGAGAACCGUGAUGGCUACAUCUACUGGGAUUGGAUCCAUGCCACCCAGCGGGCGGCCGAGCUUGCGGCCCAGGCAUUCUUCCGUGGCCCGGCCCAGUUUACCACGCCUAUUAGUUUCAAGCAACUUGCAGAAAAGAGCUAUCCCCUCCCAUCCAUAUAG